UUGUGGUCUUGCCUCAACACGAAGGAAGGUAGCUGGCUCUGGUUUCGCCGCUUCGCUACUGUGUGCGUCGUCUCCGAGUGGACGCUGCUGCUGCUACCUACUCGUCUCCGAUGCCUUUCUUCCUGCUUCAAGGCAAUUAAGCUCAUAUAAGCUAUCUUCGCCUAGUCCAUCGCACCGGCUUACCCUUCCUUCCCUUCUGGUGGGCGUGGAAAGGUUGUGUUGUGUUCCGAGUUCUGCAAGUCCUACAAGCGAGGUUCAUUUCAGUAAUUUCUCUCUACUUAUAAUUGCAAAACGAACAGGAUACUGCAAUUUGAUGGAUAGAGGUUCUUUGAUCUUUGAUGCUGCCUGCCACUGCUCUCCUUUUUGAAACUAAUCCAAUGCAUGAAUCUCCGGCUGGAAGCCUCAAACUCGAUAUUCCGCCCCUGCUUAUUUCUUGGAAUAUCCAGUCGUUUGUUCAGAAACCUCAUUAGUUCCCCAUCUCCUUGUAAUCAAAAUAUUAUGCUCACUCUACCAUUUCUUCAGUUAGUUCAUGCAAACCCAGGUCAGAAUAAUUUUACUGUCCAAAUAGCAAUAAACAAGAGACGCUAGGAAGUGUCUUCUGCAGUUUCUCUGAAUAACCCAACUUACUGGGGCUUCAGUGGCCGUCUCAACAUCGAUGUGAGAGUGAUGUCCAUCGCGUGCUGCGUGCCGGUGGUGGAGUGCGUGUACUGCCUGGCGUGCGCGCGCUGGGCGUGGCAGCGGUGCCUCCACACCACCGGCUACGACAGCCACACCUGGGGCCUCGCCUCCUCGGGGGACUUCGCGCCCGUGCCCCGCCUCUGCCGCCUCAUCCUCGCCGUCUACGAGGACGACCUCGACAACCCCCAGUGGGCGCCGCCGGGGGGCUACGGCAUCGACCCGCGCUGGGUCGUCCGCCCGCCGCAGCACACGCACGAGCGCGCCCCGACCUACCUGCUCUACGUCGACCACCGCCACGCCGACGUGGUGCUCGCCGUGCGCGGGAUGGACAUGGCCAGGGAGAGCGACUACGCCGUGCUGCUGGACAACCGGAGAGGGCAGCGGCGGUUCGACGGGGGCUUCGUGCACAACGGCCUCCUCAAGGCCGCCGAGUGGGUGUUCGACGCCGAGUCCGCCGCGAUUCGGGAUCUGCUGGAGAGGAACCCUGGGUACACGCUCACCUUCGCGGGCCACUCGCUGGGUUCCGGCGUCGUUGCCCUUCUGGCGCUCCUGGCCGUGCAGCGCAGGGACGCGCUGGGGGGCGUCGAGAGGAAGCGGAUUCGGUGCUUCGCCAUGGCGCCGCCCCGAUGCAUGUCGCUCAAUUUGGCAAUUCGCUACGCGGAUGUCAUCAACGCGGUGAUUCUUCAGGACGAUUUUCUGCCUCGCACAGACAUUCCUUUGGAGGACAUCAUCAAGUCACUCUUCUGCUUGCCAUGCCUUCUCUGUGGAAAUUGCCUUGUGGACACAUGUAUACCUGAGAGUGUGAUGCUGAGAGAUCCAAGGCGUCUGUAUGCACCAGGCCGGCUUUACCACAUUGUUGAAAGGAAACCUUUCAGAUGUGGAAGAUAUCCCCCUACCGUGAGAACAGCAGUUCCAGUGGAUGGAAGAUUUGAGCACAUUGUUCUUUCUUGCAACGCAAUUUCUGACCAUGCUAUUAUCUGGAUUGAAAGAGAAGCCCAAAGAGCAGUAGACUUGAUGCUUGAGAGUGAGAGAACCAUGAAAGCCCCCGAGAAUCAAAGGAUGGACGCCGAGACCACCUUAACUAGAGAUCACGAUGAGGAGCAGCAGGCGGCCUUGAGGCGCGCGGUUGCGUUAGGAAUCGCAGAUGUUAAUCUACCGUCAACAUAUGGUACAUUCAGCGAGAAUCCAGCUCCUGAGGAGGAUUCGGCUCCGCCGGUGCUGUUGGAGAGCCGUAGGAGCAGAUUAAUGGUCUGGGAUGAAUGGAUCGCGAGGAUAUUCGAGAAGGAUGAAUCUGGACAAAUUAUUCCACGGAGAUGAUGAUGAUCGUUGGUAGCGCUGGGGCCUGGGGAUUGUACAUAUUUCGAGGUUAGGAAAUCUAUUUGUAUAGCCUGAAUCUAUUCUUCGUGUGUACGAGUAGUAUAAUAUGUCCUGUCACUGGUUCGAGCAUGUCUUUUUCCGUUUUUCGACAUGGUUGGAGCAUUUUCUUGAGAACCUUAAAAUGGCGUUGGAGCCGGAUGAGAACUCUGUCAUGCAAAGAUACCUGUCAUGAACCCAAAA